AGCAGCAGCUCCAAGGCCAGUCAACACCGAGACCUCAGGGAAUCCACUAGCACCAUCGCCUAGUAUCACCAAGGUGGUCCCAAACUAUAUACCCAAAAUGGGCAGGAUUAUCUUUUACGAGGACAAGAAUUUUCAGGGCCGUCAUUAUGAAUGUGACAGUGACUGCUCGGAUUUCCACGCCUACCUGAGCCGCUGCAAUUCCAUCCGAGUGGACAGUGGAGCCUGGUUGGUGUAUGAGAGGCCCAACUACAUGGGCUACCAGUACGUCCUGACCAAAGGGGAGUACCCGGAGUACCAGCGCUGGAUGGGACUUAACGAUCACCUCAGCUCCUGCAAAAUAGUCCACUUUACUAGUGGGACCCAGUACAAGAUGCAGCUGUAUGAGAAGGCCGACUUUGGCGGCCAGGCUGUGGAAGCCACAGAGGACUGUCCCUCGCUCCUGGAGAAGUUCCGCUGGAGGGAGGUCAACUCCUGCAAGGUCUUUGACGGCUGGUGGGUUUUCUAUGAGCGUCCCAAUUACACUGGACGCCAGUACUUCCUGGAGAAGGGAGAGUACCGCAAGCCUGGAGACUGGGGUGCCACCAGUCCGACGGUGCAGUCCUUCAGGCGCUUCACAGAAUGAUUGAAACUUGAUCCAAAUUGUACCAGAUACCUUAAAUAAGCUAAAUCAGAGGCAUUAGAAGCUGGCAUUUGGUUAUGGCCUUCUCUCAACAAGCUCUCAUUUUUGAACGGAGGUCUCAGAAAUAAAA